ACGGUAGUAUGCUGUCAGCAGACAGCAGACAAGACUUUUUUGGAGGAGGAGAGAGGUUGUUGUCGAUGUUGAUUUCCAUUGGAAUAUGGCUACCAUCAUGGAAGGGUCUUUGAGUAAAUGGACCAAUGUUAUGAAGGGCUGGCAGUUUCGUUGGUUUGUUUUAGACGACAAUGCAGGAUUGCUGUCAUACUACACGUCUAGAGAAAAAAUGAUACGUGGUGUUCGACGUGGCUGUGUUCGGUUGAAAGGUGCUGUUAUAGGAAUUGAUGAUGAAGAUGACAGUACUUUUACCAUAACAGUUGACAGUAAAACUUUUCACUUCCAAGCAAGAGAUGCCGAUGAGAGGGAAAAGUGGAUUAGAGCUCUGGAAGACACAAUCUUAAGACAUGCACACAAGUUGCGGUGGGAUCCAUCAAAACCAGCACCUUCUGUUCAAGAUUUUGACAAGAAACUAAUUGAAGCUGAUGCCUACUUACAGAUCUUGAUAAACCAAGUAGAGGCUCUAGAAGAACGAAUUGAUAAAAUGCAGGACCCCUCAGAUAAAUCCCAUGGACUUCAUAUUCGGGACCAUGCUAAUGCACUGCUUGAAAAUGUAAAACAUUCCAUAGUACUAUUGCAGAUUGCUAAGAACACUGCUCAUCCUGUCAAUGGAAUAUUCCAACCAGCUACUUCCACCUACACUCUUAAUGACUCCUCUCCUACAUCUAAACCAGAUUCAGGACCGGAUAUGUCAAGUCUGACAUCUACUCUCGUGCACACUGGAAUCGAAAUGGGAGCGGAUGUGGCAAAUAUUCCACCCUCUUCUCCUACCAUCGGACCGCCCGCGCCACCUGGCUCCCUCCCUCUGUCUCUCUCUGCUCUCAGUGUGGCGGCUGGUGCCCACAGGCCCAGCAUGACUCUCCUAGUCCCCGAUAUAUCCUACUCCAGCUCAGAGGAUGAAGACUUCUAUGAUGCCAAUGACUAUACCUCCACACCUUUGAGUGCUCACGGUCUCCCCAUCUUCUCGUCGGCGUCCGACCAGCUGGAUGCCGCGGGCCGCACCCCCGGGUCGGGGAUGUCGCCCCUCGGGCGCCGCGACUCGGAGAUGUCGUCCUCGGUGGCGCCUCCGGGCGCCGGGGGCGGCGCGGGCGCGCCACAGGAGCGCCGCCCGGGAGUGCCACCACUGCUCUCAGACGGAUCGCUAGACUACGAUGCUUUGUACGAGGAUGAAGAUGAAAGUGAUUUCGGGCCGAUGGAAGCACAUGGUUCAGUUGUUACUCACCUGUUAUCUCAAGUGAAAAUAGGAAUGGACUUGACAAGGGUUGUUCUACCAACAUUUAUUUUAGAAAGACGAUCUCUGCUUGAGAUGUACUCUGAUUAUUUUGCACAUCCUGAUUACUUUUUGAAGAUUGCUGAUUUUAAGGACGCUAGAGACAGAAUGGUGCAAGUUGUGAGGUGGUAUAUGUCCGCAUACCAUGCAGGUCGAAAAAGCUCUGUUGCCAAAAAACCCUACAACCCUAUUUUAGGAGAAGUUUUUUACUGUCAUUGGAAUGUUCCUGGUCUUCCCCAUGGGAAUGAUCCUCAUGUUCAAGAUGGACCUGUUCCAUGGUGUGAUCGCAAUCAACUUACGUUCAUUGCUGAACAAGUAUCUCACCACCCUCCAAUUUCUGCAUUUUAUGCUGAACAUUACAACAAGAAAAUAAGCUUUUGUGCACAUGUGUGGACAAAAUCAAAAUUUCUAGGUCUUUCCGUUGGUGUCCACAAUAUUGGUCAGGGCUGUGUAUCGGUCAUUGAAUAUGAUGAAGAAUAUAUUGUUACAUUCCCUAAUGGUUAUGGCAGGUCUAUUCUGACAGUUCCAUGGAUUGAGCUUGGUGGUCCAGUGACUAUUUCAUGUGCCAAGACAGGUUUUACUGCGACAGUUGAAUUCCACACAAAGCCUUUCUAUGGAGGAAAAAAGCAUAGAAUUUCUGGUGAAGUUUACCAGCCAGGGGAUAAGAAGAGCUUUCUUAGUAUUACUGGAGAGUGGAAUGGAAGCAUGCAUGCCAAGUGGGCUGAUGGGAGGUCAGAGGUUUUCUUAAAUGUGAAUGAAAUUCCUAUUGUCAAGAAAGUUGUGAGGCCAAUUUGUGAUCAGAGUGAGAUGGAAUCUAGACGACUUUGGAAAGAAGUCACUGCCGGACUGAGGCUAAAUGACAUUGACAAGGCAACCAAUGCCAAAACAGAGCUUGAACAGAGGCAAAGAGAAGAAGCCAAGGAGCGUAAGGAGAGAAAUCUACAAUGGGAAACCAAGAGCUUCCGGGAGACGGGCGGUGGUGACUGGGUGUACGUCUCGCCACUCAUCAGCCGCCUACAGCGAAACGGAACUGCCGACCUCCCCGCCCCCUCGGACCAGCGGUAGUGACGCGCUCCGUGGCACGGCCUACCCUCCCAGCAGCGGUAUCUCUGUGUCACCCCCGAGCCCUUCCGCGUCCCCGUCCCCCUCCCCUCCGCCCUCCCGCUCCUCCUCUCCCUCCCCGUGCCCCACGCCGCACCUGCUGCCACCGGCGCCAGUCGCGUUCUUCCCGGAGCAAAGCUUCGAGGACGUGCAGCAGGGCCUAGGCGGCUGGUCGUCGUCGACGGAGCGGCCCUGCCGGGUGUCGCCCUCGCCGCGGUCGUCUGUCACCUCCAGGAAGGCGUCGUCGUCUUCCGACCGGCCCUGCGUGGUCGGGCUGGGGCCGGGGCUGGACCGGAGGGUCGUGCACUCCUCGCUCAUCCUGCACCCCAGCGCGCUGGCCGAGCUCAGCUUCUCGUGCUGCCCCGCCCCGCGAGCCGCCCCCGCCGACGCCGCCGACGCCGCCGACGCCCACACCCACCUGCGGGUGCACCUCCCCGCCGGGAGUGGCCUCGCCGGUGCCAAGUCUAGUCGAAGGUUUUGGAGCAAGGGUGACCUGGUGCCCUCGCCGUCGCUGCCCUCGUGCAGCCUUUACUACGGCGUGGACGCGACCGGCUCUUCUGGCGUGUACCCGGGCGUGUACCCCGACGUGCGGUGCCCGACCAGGUGCCCGUCGUACCCCUCGUAUCCCUGGGGGCGGAGGACCUCCCCCUACGGCCAGUCCCCCUACGGGCCGUCCCCCUGCCCAUCCCCUUCCCGCCCCUCUAGCAGGGCAGAAUCCCCUCCCCUGUCACCGCGCUGCUGCGAGCACAGGGUCAGCCCCUGCUGCCGGACCUGCCAUCGCACAUGCUGCGUCGUCAUGUGAUAAGAGAAAGAAAAUCAAGCGAUGGAAACGUAUCGUACCGUAGACUGAUAUCAUGGAAAAUGGCUAUGAACGCCUGGAUGACUGGCUGGCUCUACCGAUUUGAUAAUAUCGGUUAUUUUUAUUCUUUGGCUGGACAAUCACGUCUGGUGUUGUUAAAGGUUACUGUGGUGCUAAGGUUUGUGAGGAACCUGCAUGUAUCUCUAUUAAUGCAAAAUGUAAAAGGAAACAGUGUAGUACAUAUGACUUCCAGAUUAUUGUAACUUCUCAAAGGUUCAUCUAAUCCACUUGACUCUUGAUCUGAGUUCUAUUCUCUAAAAUUGAAUCGUCAAUGUAAGCUAGUCUAGUAUUUUUGUGGGUAAUAGUUCAAUGCAGGGUUCCCAUCUCAUAAUCUGGAAAGAAAAUGUCCUAGUAACUUUUUUUUAGUAAUGUGCUCGUUUUGCCAUUUAGUAUUAACUUUGAUAAUUGAGGAACGGCUAUUCUAAUACUUAGACUGAUAUCAAUUGUUUGUCUAAUUACAAUGGUGCAACAUUGAUAGUGACCAUUUCCCCUUCCCCUCUCCCCCCUUCCUUUUUUUUUUUGUUGGAAAACAAACAAGCUUUGCACGAAUUGUUAUACACUGUAUUACAGUAAUUGAGUGCUUUUGUACAUUGUGCAUGUUUUUAAGCAUAUGCUAACAUACAGCAUUUGUUAUUUUUAAGAUAUUUUUACCUAGUACUUGUAGAUAACUAUGCAUAUAAGAAAGAAGUUAAUGUAGCUGGACCCCUUUAUAAUGCCAUUUUUAAUUAUCAGAGUUCCUACUCAUCUGAAGUCAAACUUGUGUACUUUCCAGUGAAUAAAACUAUGAGCCAUGUGUGUAAAGAACAAAAGUGAACUUCUUUACAUUUGUGCAUUAUAUCUGGAAAAAACUGAUAAUUUGUGGUAGAUUAUUUUGUUUUCUAAUAAUCCACUAUGUGUUGAUGUUUUCCUUCUUACAACUUCUGUUUUGUAAAUCAUUCCCCUUCAAACAAUCAAAAAGUGAAAUGCUUGUGUAUUUUAGAACCAUAUUGGAUUAUCCAAGUACAACGGUGCAGAAUCGCACCCUACCACCAUAUCUACAGCCUUGCGCCGUUAAAUUAUUUAUUUAUUUCUAUUUUAAACUCGAAGUAUUGAUUUUUCCCACCAGAAGGAAACUGUCAAAUACUGUAACUGUACUGUAAUUUGUUUUUGGUUUGGUUUAUGUGUAAUGUGAUGUGUACUAAUAUGUGACUGAUGUGUGAUUUGUUAUUAUCUUUUACAUUUUCUAUGUAGAUCUUACAUUACAAUGUAAGUAGUUUUUAUCUUCUUCCAUCUGUCAAUAUUUGACAUUUUAGGUUGUGCCCACAUUCCUGUCUGUCUGUCAGACACUGCUUUCAAAUCAUCUUAUCUUGAAUCUGCCAUUCCUCACUCUACUCCUCCACUCAGGAGGUUUUAUAAUCAAUUAUAUUAUAAAUCAAGUAAUAAAUUACUAGAUAGAUUUCCAGAGCACAUUAUCAGUAAACUUUUAACAAAUUUCUCUUAAGCCUUUGAAGUGCUCACUUGUUGUUUCUUUGGUGAUGGCAAUGUGUUCUUGUCUGGUUGCACCUUUGUUUCCCUUCUUUAGAAAACACAGAACUACUACUUGUUUUAAAAUUAACCAGCUUCAAAUUGUUACUGAAAAUAAAAAAUAUUACCCUUAAAGUGUUUUUAUAGUACAAAUAUAACUUUAAGUACCCGAACUCAUUUGCAUGUGUGUUGGCACAAUAUGGUCAUUAUAAGCUGUAUGUAGUUGUUCCUACUUUCUGCAACUUCAUAUUGAUCCAGAAUGAAAAUGAUAUAAUUACCAACUUGGUAGCAAAAUGAACCAAACAUCCUACGGUCAAAUUGAGGGAAAUACCAAGGGAAUGCAAAACUGUUUGCUUAUAGUGAACAUGUUUGCUACAGAGAGCUCAUUAAUGGACCAUGUCCCUCAUGUCACUUUGUCAAAUUGUGAAAUUUCACCUCAUCAAUUGUUAAUUUAUUGGUUAAGAGGCCAGAAAGGAUGUACUGCAGUGAUAUAUAUUAAAGUGAUACCGAUUUUAUCAGAUGUCGUAUUAUCAGAGAAAUUGGAUGUACAUGGCAAUUGAGAUGUAUUCUAAACAAAUAUGUAAGUAUCCAAUGGUAAAUGUUGUUGUGGGCAGUCUGUUGGCUCAGCCUGAACACAGCACACUCAAUAUGCAAGUUGAUAAUAGUGAAUAUUAAAUAUAACGAUGAAAAUAUUGUGAUGGUAAAUGUCAAUAUUUUAUUUUGAACUUUGAAUUAUAAAAACAAUUUAAAGAGCAUAAGAAACUCCUACUGUAACAUAUUCUGAGAAGGUGCUCCUUAAAAAUGUACAUGUUUGACAUACAUUGAAUAAAAAUUUGGAGAAUUUUGAA